UGGAGCUGCGACACAUGGAUCCCGUGGUCUGAGCGGCUGGAGCUGAUUGCUGCACAGAAACUUUUCUGGGGGAGAUAAUUGGCUUAAGGAGAUACAUUUAACGGAAGGAUUACGACAAAUAAAUGGGACAACAAAAAUCGCGAGAACUUGAAUCGCUCCACUUGUGCGCGCGGUUCAGUUUGGCCAACUUUGUGAACUAACCCGGUCCGAGCUGCCUCAGUCCGCAGAGCGCAGCAGCAGCAGCAGCAGAGGAGCAGGAGGCUGGAUGUGGCACGAAGAGAAGGGUCAGUGAGCCGCAGAGAGUUUCCCUGUGUCCAAGUCUCCAAUGUCCGCGGAAAGGAUGAUGAUCAUUGGACUCCUGCUCAACGUCUUCUCUCAUGGUGGUGUGCCAGUUUCCGCAUCCUUGGACUGUCUGGUGGCUGAGCAGAGCUGUAUCCAGGUGCAGUCCUGCAAGGUGCUCUACAGGCUGCUGGAGUACUGCGCUGCUGAGGAGGCUGUGUCCCCCCUGGGCGCCGACGCCCGCUUGGAGUGCCUGGAGGCCCAGAACUCUCUGCAGCAUUACCGCCCCCUUCAAAUCUGCAAGUGCCAGCGCGGCUCUCGCAGGGAGGAACACUGCCUCAGGGUGUACUGGACAGUGAGGUUUGCAGCUUAUGAUGAGUAUGAAGUGUCUCCAUAUGAAGAGCUGCAGUUAAAUCUGGUGCGAAACAUUGAGAUGUCGCGGAUGGCCUCCAUCAUGGCAGCUUCCACUCUUUCAGUCGACGGCCAAAACCAGUGUCUGAAGGCAGCCCAGGACUGCGGCCUAUAUGAGAAAUGUGGCUCCCUGCGGUCCGAGUAUGUUGUGGCCUGUACCAAGCGAGCCACGGUGUCUGACAACAGCUGUAACCGCCAGAAAUGCCACCGAGCCCUGCGGCGUUUCCUAGAACGCGUGCCAGAGGAGUACAGCUUCGCACUGCUCUUCUGCCCCUGCUCUGACACUCUGUGUGGGGAGCGACGCAGAAAAACCAUUGUCCCGUCCUGUUCCUAUGAGGAGAAUGUGAGAGGGGAGGAGAGAGUGGGCAAACCCAACUGCCUCAGCCUGCAGAACUACUGCUCCAGAGAUGAGCUGUGUAGAUCCCGGUUCGCUGAUUUCCAACACAACUGCCAGCCCUCCCCUCUGUCUGCCUCUGGCUGUAUGCGAGAAAGCAGAGCCAUGUGUCUGAAGGCCUACGCUGGACUCAUAGGCACCAUCAUGACUCCAAACUAUGUGAGCAACAGCAGCACAGAAGUGUCCCAGUGGUGCUCAUGCGAGGGCAGCGGGAAUGAAUGGCAGGGCUGUCAGCGCAUCCUGAACAUGUUCAGCAACAACAUAUGUCUGCGCAAUGCGAUCAGCUCCAUGGGAAUCUCCGUGCCUCCUCCUGUGGAAAAAAACACGCCUGCGCCAGCUUCUGAGCCCUCCCCACGCGUCUACCAGGAGAGGGUCCACGUCAGUGUUAACACUCUUCCUGAAUUCAACAGUAUGGAGGACAGCGAGGAAGAGGAGCGGGAUGAGGAAGGAAGCGAUGAAUUCAAUGUCAUCCCGCCGUACUCGGAGAAGGACUCUAACAUCGAAUCGGAGGCCAGAGGAAGCACUCGAGGAGCAGCCAGCCGAGCAGCACCUGCGCUGCCUUUACUGCUGCUGCCUACACUCGUCCUGGACUGCUGGAGCCACUGAAGCAUCCAUUGGAUUUUUCCAUCUCCACAUGCAAAAUGAAAACACAGAGGACAUUUGCCAGGAAGACUUUUUUUGCUCUCUUCUUUCAUUCUUUUUAAAUACCCAGACUUUACUUUCCCAUUCUGUUUCUCCUAUCACUGCCUCCUCAAGAGCUUAAAGAUAUCAGUAGUCCUGCAGUAUGUGCUGCGUCUUUGCUCUACUCCACUCUUAUGAAAGGAAGCCAACAACGUGAGCAGAUAUAUGAGUGCAUGGGUGAAUUUAGAAGUGCUGUCUGGGCAAAAGCUCUAUCUAGAGCCUGCUUCACACUCAAAGUGCAUCCCCUCUUUUAACAAGAAGCACAUUGCCCAAGGCCACCUCCUCUAUACACACUCCAAAAAAACCCUAACCAGGCUGCUCCACUGCAACCAGACCCUGAGCACGGCUUUUGAUUUCUAUUUCAUGACUCAUGUCACAUCCGUUCUCCAUUGCCCCUUCGGCUCUUCCACCCUCCCUCCCUGCUUCAUACUAUGGUUAAGGAGGAUAAUCCCAUUUACAACAAGCUAAUAAGAACCCGCUCCACACUUAAGCCUCUUUGUACCAUCGGAAAAAAAGAACUUUUUAAACAGAGAUAAGUCACAAAAAAACAAUAUGCUUCACAUUAUGUAUCAUCUUAUGCCUUUAAAGCCCUUUGCUCCUCUCUUCUCACUUUGCGCUCGAAAGAGUAAAAGUCACUCUACUCCGCUUCUUUUGUUAACAUGCCACUUGGUAUCAGUCCUUCUAAGGGUGAGUGGCUGACAAUUCAACCUCGGGCGAACGUAAUGAGAUCAAAUUCUAUUGUAGAAAUGAUGAGCAGAGAAAAGCAACACGAGCAAUUACAGCACAACUCAAAUUGCUCAGCAUGCGGGGAAGGUCUGAAGUGAGGCUCAGGGGGAGGAAAUAGCCAAUUUACUGCUGUCAUACCCUCUCACUUUUUUAUCCUUAGGAGGUGUUUUUUUUUUCCUUUAGUGCUCCUUUAAACCAUCAUGUGCUUCAGAUGUUGUGAGAGCGGGAUGUGGAGAUAGGGAUGGACACAGGAGGCUGUAAAGCCUGCUGGCUGCUCUGAUCAUUGAGCAGCACAUUGAGCCAUUCUCUCUGCCUCAAAUAGCUUCUGCUGAUGUUAAUGAUUUUUUCUCUUAUGGAUCAUUUUCGUGUGAAAUUACCCAGCUGCAGGGAGGUAAAAGGAAGUAUAGUGGUGUUUUUAAAGAAGGUUAGUUUGCAAGAAACAAGCCAUCUGAGCUAUGAGAAUAUGUUAUAUCAACAUGAGUACAAUAGUAGUUAUACCUACAAAAGGGUGAACAACCUGCUCUAAACAUGUCCUGCACUGUCUGUAUAUUAGCAUGGACAACGUCUCUGUCUUUGUCUGUUGUGACCAGUGAAGCCAAAAUACCCCACAACAGUUGCCGACAUGUUGUACUGGUUCGAUUUUUUGAAGCUAAAACAUGCACAGAAUGGAUCGGGCUGCUAAACCAAUGUAAAAGGACAUCUUGUACUUUUAUUUUGAAUGGAAUUAAAAUGAAGUGGGGUGCCUUAUACUGCCGAAUCAUUUUGUUUCCGUGUUGACACAAGUCAAGCACAUUUCAAGCUGAAAUAAAUAUUUAUAAUGCACAGUAAUCUUUACCGAAAGCAAGCUAUCAAGUUCUGCUGAAUUGAAAGAAAAUCAAGUAAAUAUCCCCGUCAGACACUCCUGGUACCUUGUCAUCUACCUUUUUCAAUGUUCUUUGCCCACUUUAAUGCAUAAGAUGAAGAGAGAGGAAUUAGGAACCAGGUGACAGGGUAAAUUUAAGCACUGUAUCCUGCUGGAUCACUUGCAUGCUGUCUAUAGGUUUUUUGCAGAUAUCAUCAGCAGCAGAGAACUCCAUGCCAAACAUUUAAAUAAAAAAUACAAACAUU